GACCCAAACGUGGAGGGGAGUGGACAUGUCGUUCUGUGUUGUGUUGGUGUGCGUGUUGGGGGUCGUCCUCGCUGACCCGACCCCGCCCCAUCCUGAAUCCCAGUCUGUCCAUCUACCAGCCACCACUCAACCGGUCCUAGAUCAGCUUGACCUCGAUUCCCUUCACCUAGAAAGUGUAUCUGAGCUUAAAGAAGGAGAUAAAUCAAAGCCUGUUGUUAUCGUCACUGCCAUUCCUGUUGACUCGAGUGAAGCCCUGACAACAGAGACUCAGCCUGACUCACACUCUGAACCACAACUCGAGUCAAAAACUGAGUUACUGCCAGAGGAAUCCAUCGAGGUUUUUGAGUCACUAGAUCUUGAGUCACUUUACCCUGAGACUCUAAAGAUUAUCACCCCAAGUACCCCCAGUGCAGACUCUCCCCAAUCCACUCUACCCCUGCCAACGUCCUUGAGUCCAGAAACAGAUGCUCCUAUGGUGGUCAACAAGCCGACGUUCAAGCGGGUGACGACCUCAAUUCCCUCCAGUCCAGCCCCUUCCCACCAGAACAACACUCAAGAUGCCUCGUUUAAAGCUUCUCCAAUUGAAGGUGAUAUUUUUGGGGCCAAAUUCUUUCAACCUGCAGCAGUUAAGCAUUCCUCAGCCAAGACUUUAUUAGACAAGAGUGCCUUUGAUAAGUUCAAGCCUUCCUCACUUAAGCCCGCCUCAUUGAAGCCUGUUUUCGUAUCCAAGAAUGCCUCCUUGAAGACUACAACCUACUGGCCUGCUACUGAAGAGCCCGAAACCUCUCAGCCUGCAGUGUCUCAAUCUGCUUCUCUUCACCCUCGGAUUCCUCAGUUUCCUCCUCUCCAGUCUGCAAUCUCUCAGUCUAUUACUCCUCAACCUUCUCUACCCCAGCCUGAGACCCGACAUUCUAUUCGCCCCAAACUUGACACUCCACAUUCUACUCACCCCCAGCUAUCUUCUGCCCAACUUACUCCAUCUCAGCCUUCUCCUCCUCAUCCUGCUCUUCCUAACUCAUCUCCACUUUACAUCCAGCCUCAUUUUGUUCACCACCAACCUUCUCCUCCCCAGCCUGCUUUUGCCAGCUUAUCUUCAUUUAAUGGUAAUCCCCAUCCUACUUAUCCCCAGCUUCUUCCACACUCAUCUCCACUUCAUGUCCAGUCCCAUCCUCCCAGGCCAUACGUUCCUAAUCCUUCCACCUCACAUAAUAACGCCCAAAGGACUCCCUCAUCCCAGAGUCCCGAAGGAGGCAGACAAGUGGACUCCAUCUCGUCUAAUUUGGUGCUAUCAGGCUUUGGGAAGGUGAAGCCUGUGCAGCACCUUCACCCAAACCCUGUGCAGCCUCAGCAUAUAGUGCAGUCCCUUCAUCCCGUCAAUACUCAGCCCAACAGUGAUUCAGAUAAAGCUCUGGGCUUCGUCGUGUCUCUCGGUCCUCUCACACUCCUUUCGUCUCCUUCCAAGACAUCCCCGAGUCUUGUCUCUGUACCUGCAAGUCCUUCGUCCAUCUCCGAAGUUGAAGAAAAGAAAGGACGCUCUAAUGAUGCCCCUUCCUUGUCCGUGGCGUCCUCCCAGCAGCAUUUCAGCCGUUCCCAUUCCAUUGAGAAGCUCCAUCCAGUGUUCAAGACACAGCCUCACCAUGUUAUGGAGGAGGGGGACGAGAGCAGAUCCAUAUCUUUCUCUGUCAAUCCUCCAAAGGCCGCCUCUAAGCUAACGUCAAAUAUCGCCACCAAAUCCAGAGGAACUCCUACAACAGUCACUUUCGACUUGCCUCGCCCUGCUGCUGAGAGACAAGAGGCAGAGGAACAUCAGGACAAGGAAGAGAAGGUUCAGAAAGAGGAGGGUCGUUCUAUUCCUUUGCCAAACAAUGCGCCGCUACACUUUGGUAAACCUCGUGUUAGCACUGACGCAAGGACCGCCAGGAGAGUGCACAGCGCCGUCCCGCCACACCCUAUCGUCUCGCAGGGGAAGGCUGUCCCGGUACCGCUGCCCCACGGCGCUUACCAUGCCAAGCACCCGGCCCAGUAUGAGUUCAGUUACCAGGUGCAAGGCGGGGACGGCGGCUCCCACUUCGGUCACACGGAAAGCCGAGCGGGCCCGGAGACAAGGGGCUCCUACACCGUACCGCUUCCUGACGGCCGCAUCCAGAGAGUGACUUACUACGUGAGCGGCGACUCGGGAUAUAUGGCAGACGUGACUUAUGAGGGCCAGGCUGUGUACCCGCAAUACAAACCUACAGCCUACAGAGGGAAUCUCGCACACCAUGUCUCCUCCCCACCUAAGCCGGCACCGCCACACCAGUCAAUACGGACCUACAGAUCACAGCCAGUACAGCCUGCACCUGCCCACAAAUCAGGAGCCGUAAAGUCAGCAGAGCCACAGCAGUAUGCCGCAGAAUCACAGCUCCAGCCUGUACUGCAAUCUGUUGAGUCUCCCAGAACCUACAGAUCUGUGCCUCAGCGAGCUACUUCCUACGUUUCCUCUUCAAUGUAUAGGAUUGACCUGCCUCACCAGCCUGCGCCUUGGCUUGCAGUCUGAUAAUGUAACAGAAUUUAUCUUUAUUCUAAGCCGUCUCGCCUCGUCCAAUUGUUUUGCGUGUGUUGAUCAUGUUGAUGAGAAUAAAAGUUGUCUGUUAAUA